AUGCAAGACAUCUCAUUGUAUGACAGUCAUGACAGAGAGCGCUUGGCAACUGUGGCCUUGAAGAAGGCGUCUAGGGCGAGGUCUGCCAAUGCUGUCGUCCAGCUCUUGGAGAAACUGCGAAAGCAGCGACUGAAGGCUAACCGAUUCCAUUAUGGCAUUGCCAUCUCUGCAUGUGGGAAAGCUGGAGAUUGGAAGCUGGCUUUUGAGUUACUCACCAACAUGCAGAAGCACUCUAUCUUGCCAGAUGUGGUGUGUUUAAAUUCUGCGAUGAGCGUUUGUGAGAAAGCUGCCGAGUGGACGGCAGCCCUGGACAUAUUGAGUUCCAUGAGUUCCAUGGCAACUCUGCCGGACACCGUCUCACACAAUGCCGUUCUGAGUGCGUGCGCUCGCGCUGGGCAGUGGGAAGUGUCCCUGCAGAUCUUGAACCAAAUGCCGAAAACGCCAAGAGCUGCCGCCGAUGUGGUCAGCUUCAGCUCAACUCUCACUGCUUGCGCUAAGUGCAGCAAGUGGACAGCAGCUCUCGGCUUGUUGGGUUCCAUGCCAUCCAAGCGAGUGAUGCCAAACGCCUUUAGCUAUGCCUCAGCGAUGGCUGCAACUGGAAGCUCCAGCGUGUGGUGGCAUGCCUUGCAAAUGCUGCUGGACAUGACAAUUGAGGCAGUGGAGGCAGACGUCUUCAUAUACAGCACAUUAACUUCUGCUUGCGGCACAGGGGGGAACUGGGAACUAGCGAUGCUGGUCCUAAAGAGGAUGUUAGAGGAGUCCCUAGAUCAUGCCGAAGCGGUGUUUAAUAGUGCUAUCAGUGCUUGCGCCACAUGCGUUCAAUGGCAACCAGCUUUAUCUAUACUGAGCUUAAUGCCUUCGCCACAAGUCGUCAGCUUUAACUCAGCCAUCGCUGCAUGCGGAAGAAGCGGUCAGUGGCUACAUUCUCUCGCAAUGUUAUCGCAAAUGGCCACACGGCGUGUCGACUUAGAUGAAGUUUCGUGCAACAGUGCCAUUGAUGCAUGUAGCACCGGUGGCAGCUGGCCAAUGGCACUUGAGUUAUUGAUACGCAUGGAUGGAAGAAUGAUAUCCCCCAGCGAGGUUAGUUUCACGAGUGCCUUAAGCGCGGUGGCAAACUGUUCCAACUGGCGUAUGUGUACGGCAAUGCUGCAACUCAUGGACGGGCAUUCCCAGAUUCUUAAUGCCGACAUGAUCGGGAUUGCUAUGAGUGCUUGCGAGGGAAGCGGCGCGUGGAAAGCAGCCUUGGCCCUUCUCCAAAGUUUGCUGACGCUGCAAUCAAUUCCGGAUGCUUUGCAUGUUGGCUCUGCGGCGAAUGCACUUCGCAAAGCCUUGGGAGCAGAGAGCGCGAUGGAGUUCUUGGAAGUCAUGAAAAGGUUGUGGCAGCAACAUUUAGAACCGGUGCGCGUUUCUGCAGCUGCUCCACACAUUGCCAACAUCGCAGCAGGGGAUCCGAGAGUUCUGGGUGCAGGGCAUGGAGUUCUUGCAGCCUUCAAGCCUGAUCUUGUCACAACUGACGAGUUUGUGGACGAAGUCGCAGCAUUGCUCUGGCCCAGCGCUUGCAGAUUUGAAGUCCUUAGCCUUGUGUCCAGACUCGACAAGCCCACUUCUGGUGUUUUGCCACUGGCCACAGGACCUGCAGGCUCUUUGGCCGCGAACUGGUUGCAGUCGCAGUUUGCCAGUCGGCUGGUUGAUAAACGGUACAUCUGUUUGUGCGAAGGCCCUUCUCUUGGAGCCGUCUCUUCUACAGGCGUUGUCGCUGUUCCGCUAUGUACCAUUCAGGGCUCCAGCAACAGCAAGACAACAAAGGUUUCUGAACUUGGGCGAGAAGCCGUCACGAAGUACCAGGUUCUUGCACGAUACGAACUGCCAAGUACUAAGCACCAUGAGCUCAUGCUUCUGUCCGUGAAGCCUGUGACAGGACGAACGCACCAAAUCAGAGUGCACCUAGCUCACUUGAAUUGUCCCAUUGUCGGCGACCCCAAGUAUGGUAGAGGCAAUCUUUCGAUGCUUCCUGGCCAUCGGCUCUUUCUUCACUGCCGUCGUGUUAAGCUGCGGGACCUCUCUGGCAAGCCGUUUUGCGUGAAAGCUCGGCUGCCCUUGGAGCUAAGGCAAGUUCUAGAAUUGCUGAAGCCAUAUUUGUCACAGCCCGCAGCCAACUGGAGGAAAAGUUGA